UCUCGCAAAUUGCAUUUACAAUGAUUGAAACCAGGCCACAUUCAACGAGACCAAAUCUGAAUUUCUUCUUUGGCUGAGAAGACGAGGAGAGCGACAGCAUUACAGGCUUACAGCAACAGGAGGAACACAGAGCCAUGGAAAUGCAAGAUCCUUCAAACCCCAACUCUCAGAAUACUCAAAAGUCAAAGGAGACAACAAUGCUCGGAAAUCCUAGCAGCAACCAUUCUUUCAGGGGGUCUCACCAUCGACGAGCCCACUCUGAGGUGAAUUUCCGAAUUCCAUAUGACUUGGAUCUCAUUAACGAUCCAUUCGAUGCGUCAACGGGGAGUUUCGAAGAGAUUGGAUCUGAGGAUGAUCUCUUCUGCACUUACAUGGAUAUUGAAAAGCUUGGAUCUAGAAUUGAGGAUUGUCCAAAUGAAGGAAACAAGACCGGAGAUUUUCGAAUCAACGAUGAUUCUGUUGCUGCCCCUGCAGGGAAUUGUGUGGGUCAGAGUAAUGGAGGAGGAGGAGGAGCAGAUGGUGCAGGAGGUAGUGGUGGUGGAUGUGCACAGAAUGAGAACAGCGUUGGUGAGAAGAAUGCGAGGCCUCGUCAUCGACAUAGUAAUUCGGUUGAUGGGUCUUCGAUCUCGAGAGGAGAGUCUCUGUUUGAAGAAACACUGGAGGCCAAGAAGGCAAUGGCUCCUGAUAAGCUUGCUGAGCUUUGGGCUCUCGAUCCCAAGCGGGCAAAAAGGAUUCUAGCAAAUAGGCAAUCUGCUGCUCGCUCAAAAGAGAGGAAGGCUCGUUAUAUCUCAGAGCUCGAGCGAAAAGUACAGACAUUACAAACUGAAGCGACUACUCUUUCUGCCCAACUCACAUUAUUCCAGAGAGAUACAACAGGUCUGACUACUGAGAAUGCAGAGCUUAAGCUUCGGUUACAAGCUAUGGAACAACAAGCUCAAUUACGUGAUGCCUUGAAUGAAGCAUUAAAACAGGAGGUUGAGCGGCUCAAAGUUGCCACGGGGGAAAUGUCAAGCCCUGGCGAGGCAUUUAGCUUGGGAAUGCACCACAUGCAGUAUGCCUCACCAUCUUUCUUCUCACUUCCGCAGCAACCAGGUCUUGGAGGCCAUCGGAACAUUCAUUUGCCACAGUUCCAUUCUUCCCAGUCUAAUAUGGGAAGCCAUCCCCUGCUUGCGGCCCAAUCUCAUCACCUCUCAGACAUGCUGCAGCAGGACCAACUCGGCAGAUUACAGGGCCUUGAUAUCAGUAGCAGGGGUUCACAUCUUGUGAAGUCUGAAGGCCCUACAAUAUCUGCCAGUGAAAGCAGCAGCAAUUUUUGAAUUGAACUUGAUACCAUUACCGACCCACUGACCUACUAUUGGCCCCACUUCAUUUGUUAGAUUGUCCAUAGCUCGACAUCCAGUCAAUUAUCCAGUCUUCAUUCUCAUUCUUUGUUUCAAUACAAUUUAUUUGACUCCAUUGUUGUCUUUCUUGAUGCUUAAAAUCUCUUUCUUUUAUUCCCAGGGAUAUCUAACCCACCCCCCUCAAAAAAAAAAAAAAAAAAAAAAAAAAAAAAUUCUUGGGGCAUUUCCUUUUUACUGUUAUUUAUGUAUUUUUCUUAUGUCAAAGUUCCUGCAGUAUUAUAUGGCUGUUUCAGGAGUCCAUCUUCCUUUUUCCAUAUGCCAUCUAUUCUCCUGGUGGUUGAAUGGGAGAAAUCACCAUUGUGCAAACUCUUUGUAUCUUUAUUUUCUGUUGGUUUAUUUUCUCUUGCUUGUUUUUUUUUGGAUGAACCAGGAUUCGUCAAACCCCCCGUUGAUUCAUGUAAUGAUUUGAUUUAUUGGAGUUGACUGGAUCCCAUUUAACUAUAUUCUUGUAAUCUUGGAUUUAUUGGGGCCCAAUGAAACUGUAUGUUUGUUAUACUUUUUGAGUUACCAUUAGAAAGUUUAAUUAUUGGAGCUGAUUGAAU